UUUGUACCCAACACUCAAAACAAAUACAUUUGUAGUACUAUAUCAUUCUCUACUAUAUAUUUCUAUCGAUCUUUACUCAAUUUUUGUAACAAUGGAAAUGUUUGGCAAAAUUGCAUGCUUUGUUCUUUUGUGCAUGGUGGUGGUUGCACCCCAUGCAGAGGCAUUGAGUUGCGGCCAGGUUACGUCUGGCUUGGCUCCAUGCCUCCCUUAUCUUCAGGGUCGCGGCCCUAUUGGAGGGUGUUGUGGUGGUAUUAAGGGUCUGUUGGGUGCAGCCAAGACCCCAGCGGAUCGAAAGACAGCAUGCACUUGCCUCAAAUCAGCCGCUAGUGCUAUUAAAGGCAUUAAUGUGGGCAAAGCCGCUGGUAUCCCUAGAGUUUGUGGCGUAAACAUUCCUUACAAGAUCAGCCCCUCCACUGACUGCUCCAAGGUCCGGUAAGAUUGAUGAAAGCUCAAUUUUCUAAAGGCAUAAUUUGAUAGUAACGUAAUCUAGCUUGCGAAGAAAAAUAAAGAUGGAUAUAUUGAUCGAUCGAGUUUAAUCCAUCAUUUUAUAUGUUGUCUCUUUUCUUUUGUAUUUGUAUUUGUUGGAGUACUUAUUAUAUAUAGUCGAGUACAUGUAAUGAACCUUGGUGGUUGGUUGUAUUACAACCCAAUCUUCAUAGUAAUAUAUACAUGAUAUUCUACU